AUGUCGUUGGUCAGAGUGAACCGUUAUGGUCCCCGGGGAGGGGGAAGAAAAGUACUGAAAGUGAAGAAGAAGAAACCUUCAGUGAAGCAAGAAUGGGAUGAUACUGUGAAUGAUCUAACAGUCCAUCGGGCAAGUCCUGAAGGUCUGUUGCGUCGUCAUGAAAUACACAAAUCGAAGAAUAGAGCAUUAGCCCACUGGGAACUCCAAGAAAAAGCUUUAAAGAGAAAAUGGAGGAAGCAGAAACCAGAAGCUUCCAAUCUUGAGAAAAGGAGGCUGGCUAUCAUGAAGGAGAUUCUUUCUGAUCAAUACCAGAUGCAGGAUGUAUUGGAAAGAUCUGAUCAUUUGAUGGCUGCAGCAAAAGAUCUUUUUGUUGAUUUUCCUCGUCGGCGCACAGGGUUUCCGAAUGUGACAAUGGCUCCCGAUUCCUCUCAGAGUCCCAUUGUAGUGAACGAAGACCCUGUCACCCAGUCCAUUCUGAGUGAAUCUGUCAUUGACCCUCAGGCUCUUAAUGAAGUAGAUGAUGAAGGAAGAGAAGGAACUGUGAGUAGCCAGUCAGAAGAAAGUGAGAAUGAGUUGGAUAACACUCUAAACUCUGAGCCUAACACGAACACAGAUAGGUUUCUUCACCAUCUGAAGGAAGAAAACUCUGAGUUAAUUAAUAAACUGUGGACUGAUAUUCAGCAGAAAAUAGCGACAGAGCCACAGAGAGCACCUUCGCCAGGGACUCCGUUAUCUGCCCCUCCACCAGGUGAACGAAGAGCUGCUCUGAAUGCGACCAAUGCCGUCAAGAGAGUCCACACCAGGCUCCAGCCUGAAGAACCUUCUGAGACUCUAGACUCCAGCUAUGUUGUGGGGCAAGUGCUGAACCCCAGGAAGCCAAAAGAGCUGUUAAAUAAAGUGAAAAGAAAACCGGAUUUGCGUGCUCCUUCCAAGCAGAAGAAAAAUACGUUAUCAGCUAGCCCAGCCUCCGCAGAUUCUCCAGGUACCAACAAUUCCAGCCUGGACGUCCUCAAGCACAUGAUAGAUGAGGUGGGACGUGAGAUGGAAGAGUACGAGCGGUGGACAGGGCGCGAGGUCAAGGGCCUGCAGGGCAGUCAGGGUCUCACUGGCUUCACUCUGUCCCUGGUGAGCGCCCUCUGCCGCCUGGUUCGCUACCUGAGAGAGAGCGAGCUGCAGCUGCGUGAAGAAGUGGAGACGAGGCAGCGGCUGGAGCAGGCACUGGUCGAUCACCGAGAGCUCAUCGAUGCCCUGACAGCUGAAAUUCUCCUCCUCAGGGAAGAAAAUGCUGCCGCACAGGCAAGACUUCAGCAGUAUAUGGUCACAACAGAUGAGCAAAUUAUAUCACUCACACAUGCCCUUAAAAAUUGUCCUGGGAUAAAUAACAACAGAGAAGACAGUCAAGCAUCAGACAGGGGAGCCAUAAGUAGAAGAAUUUUGGACAACCUAGAGAGGCCCGUUGUAAACGCUAAUGUUUCCGUGCCAUUGAUGUUCCGAGGGGAUGAAGUGGCUGAAUUCCCACAGGAAGAGCUGCCUGUCAAACUGUCCCAGGUGCCAAACCCGCCAGAUAGCGUGACUCUGGCCGGCAGUUUCCCAGCACACGUGUUUGAGCCGGCUGUGUUGUUAACACCACCCAGGCAGAAGAGCAGCUCAGAGUUCUCCCCUCUGCAGGAUGUAUUGAGGAGGACUGUUCAAACUCGUCCUGCCCCACGCAUUCCUCCAACUGUGGAAAUCAUUGAGAAAGAGCAAAACUGGGAAAAGAAGACCUUCCCUCCUGGUUCAGACGUUCAGAACUCAAAUGACGAGAAUCGUCUCUUCACUCAGAGGUGGAGGGUUUCUCACAUGGGAGAAGAUUUGGAGAACAGAAGCCAGGCCCCUUUUGCCAGCCUGUCACAGCCCCUCUGCAAUUCCCAUUCAGACACUCAGCAGCCAAGAAACCCCGUGUUCUCAGAAGAGCCUCCAAUACUGGGAGAUGGGCAGCAGCUUAGAACAAAUGAGGCGUUGAUACAAAGAAAGGACAUCAUGGCACAGAUUGCUAAGUUGGCACUUCAGAAUUCAGCUAUCAAGGCACAUCUGAAUAAUAUUAUUGGGUCAGGGGGAGAGCAAGGAGAUGGACCCCGGGAGUUAAAUACACAGGAAAGUGCAAGCGACAUGAGCGCUACUUUUCCAGCAGCACAACCUCUAGCAGGUACCAUGGAAGAACGGAUUGCAGAAUUGAACCGACAGAGUAUGGAGGCUCGUGGAAAACUGCUGCAGUUGAUAGAGCAGCAGAAACUGGUCUGCUCGAGUUCUGCCUCUCCACCAGCGUCACCUGCUCGGUCACCUCUCAAAGCAUGGACUGAAGGAGGAAAGAGGACAAUUGAGGUAUCUGUUCCGGGAGCAGAAGUCCCAGAAAGCUCAAAAUGCAGCACUGUCUCGCCUCCUGGUGCGGUGAAUACAAGAAGAUCUUCAGGGGCUGCUAGUAACUCCUGCUCUCCCUUAGACACCACCCCAGGAGGUGGACGAUUCGUACCUCUUAAUCCAAGAGCAAAGAUGGAGAAACAAAAUGAAGAAGGAUGGUUUGCCCUUUCUACCCAUGUGUCAUAAGUGAAGUCAAACGUUACGGAGUUUGUCCUUGAAUGUUUGUUCUUCAGCUUGUUCUCCCCUUUUCCUGGUCCUGCUUUCCAGUUUGUAUGUCCUUUCAGAUAAAACCUGCAAAGACUCUAUUAAUGAGUACUAAGGGAACAAAGAAAUAAAGCGUGUUUUAAAAAUAAU